UAAUAUUUUUGACAGAAUAAUCUUUAAUAUCAUAAUUGCUCCGAUGGGAUGGACUGUCAACACCACUAAAGUACCGAAAAUCCUAAAAACAAGAUUGCUCUACUUUUAAAAUGUAUAAAUUAAAAAAAUAAAAGUAUGAAAUUUUAGUGCAGCAACAAAUAAUGGCUCUUGAAAGAGCUGAGAACAUCAUAAAUAAAGUAGAAACACUUGAACAAAAUUAUGAUAUUUUAAAUGAACUUGGAAGAGGGCGAUUUGCUGUUGUGAAGAAAUGCGUUUGCAAGAAAACAGGGACAGUCUAUGCUGCAAAAGUUAUAAAAAAAUCACGAUCAGGCAACCAUGGAAGAAGUGGUAGAGAACAGCUACUUUUAGAAAUAGAUAUAUUGCAUCAAUCUCAGCAUCCAAAAUUAGUAAGGCUGUUUGAUGUAUUUGAGACAAGAACAGAGAUGCAACUUGUUUUAGAGUUCGCUCAAGGUGGUGACUUACAUCGCCAUUGUAUAGAGGCUGACGUAGCACGCACUGAAAAAGAAAUAUGUUAUCUCAUUCGUCAGAUAGUGGAAGCUGUUUGUUAUCUUCAUAGUCUAAAAAUAGUCCAUUUGGAUUUGAAGCCUGACAAUAUUUUGUUAAAAGAAGCUAGUGAGAUAUUUCCUGAAAUUCGGCUUAUUGAUUUUGGACUUUCUCGGAGGCUGGAUUUACCUUACAGUCAAUUUGAUAUUGUUGGCACUCCGGAAUAUGUUGCACCAGAGGUUUUAGCAUAUGAACCUAUUGAUUUUGGUUCAGAUAUGUGGAGUAUUGGUGUAGUUACUUAUGUAUUGUUGAGUGGUAUUUCUCCAUUUGCUGGAGAUGAUGUAAUGGAAACUUAUGCAAAUAUAGGAAUGGUUGAAUAUGAUUUUGAUUGUGAAGAAUUCGAUGAUGUAUCAGAUUUAGCAAUGAAUUUUAUUGAAAAAUUGUUGGAACGUAGACCAAAAGAUAGAAUGACAGCAUUUGAAGCCUUUGAACAUGAUUGGAUUAAGCAACUAGAACAAGGCAUCACAGCAGAAGAUGUUGUUCUUGCACAAAAUUUGAAAACUAGUCAAGGCAUUAUAAAGUCUGAUGUUAUAGUUUCAGAAAAUACAGAAAAGCCAAAACUAAAAAAGCAGGUUUCAAUUGAAAACUUUGAUAAUUCUUCUGUUGAUGAGUCAAAUAGUUCUUGUAAAAGUUUAUGUGGAGAAACAGAUGAUAAAUUGCACGAUAAUAAACUAAUGGAAAAACAGAAAAAUAGUUUAGAAGUUAACACACCUUUAAUCGAAAUUAAUAAUCAUACAGAUAAUGAUAUAUCUGAUGAUAAAAAUAUUGCAGUGAUUAAAGCUAAUAAUAUAUGUGAAAAUUUGGAUAAAAAACAUUUUCCGGUAAAAUCUUCUGAAAUUCCUAACACCAGUAUAUCUAAAUCUGAUGUUUUUGAAGUGCCAGUUGAACCUAUUGAUGUUCCGAUUUCCGAACAUGUAAAAGAAGCUAUUCCUGUAAUUAUUGACCCGAAAACAGAAGAACUUCACGAUCAUCCAACAGCAAAUACUGAUCAGUUUAUUUCUCAGAAUGAAAAAUCAUCCAGUGAAAUAUGCGAAAAUGAAAAAGAAAAUCAUAUCUCUUCUGAAAUUUAUUCAGUCACCAGUGAUCAACAUAUAGAUGAUAUGACUUCUAAAAAAUGUUUGAUUACUGAAGAACCAAUUAUAGAUGAUAUUUCCUCUAAAAAAAGUUCUGUCUCUGAAGAUCAAAAGGAGAUUCAUAAAAAAAUUUUAUCUGAUGAUACUAGUGUAAGUUCAAAAUCAGUAACUAAGACGCCCUCAUUUUCGCAGAAAAAAGAGACUGAGAGUGAUGAUCCAAAACAAAAAACAAAUCGUUUAUCGUCAAAGUUUGCAUCAAUGUUUUCUCCUGAAACCACAUUUGAAUCAAAAAAUCAUACUGAUAAUCUGAUCAAGAAAGAACGAAUAAACAAAUUUGAAUCCAAGUUAUCAGCAGAUACACAUGUAUCACCCACCCCAACAUUAACAAGACCUUUUAGUCCUUCAAAUACUAAUCAAUUAUUACAAAAUGUUUCAACUAGUCCAUGGAUAACCAAGAAAAAAACAGACUUUUUAGAGAACAAGACCAUCCAUAGCUCUGCUGGAUCCCCUGGUUCCCCAGGAUCUAGAAACUUUAAAGGUAUUUUAGAAAUUGAAAAGAAAGCUCCUGUUGUCACACGAAAUGUAGUUACUCAAAAAAUACCUGGCGGAAUUGCAGCAAAAAUGGCUAAUAAAUUUACAAAUAAUGAAGAGCCUGGUAGAAAUCCAAUUAAAACAUCGGUAAAAUUAAAUUCAUCAGUUACGUCUGAAAAACAUAAUAGUGACGCAGCUAAAGCUAAGAUAGAAGUUAAUGCUGUCAACGAUCAUAGUGUCACUAAUAGUCAGGAACCUAUAAAUUCUCCACCAAUCGAAAGUUUGAAAGAUACGGCGAAAUUAAAUACCGAAGAAGUUGCUCUAGGAAAUAAUAAAGAAGCAAAUAUGAACUUGUUAAUAAUAAAAUCAGAUAAUUUUAUUCCUGAAAUUCCUUCAGGUUCAAAUCCAACGAGUCCUGUUAAUGAAAAGAAUAAUUCAGUUUCAACUCCUUUCGAAGAAAAAAUAGCUCACAAAAUCGACUUAAAGAAAGUAGAUACGUUUAAACCUCCGCCUAGAUCUACAAGUCCUUUACCUAGAGUUGUCAGUCCAAUACAAAACAGAGUGGCUCAAUUUCAAUUAAAAAAGAAUGUGGAUAAUCAUGUUAUUACCAGUUCAGAUCGAGAUCAUCCGCAUCAAAAAGAAGCUGAUGAUCGUCAUUCUCCUUUACCUAGAGUAAGUAAAAAAAGCGAGGAAAGCCGAAUUAAAUUAGGCGCUGAUCAUAAUCAUCCUUCUGUGAAAGUCACAGAAGACAGUCAUAAUCAUCCUUCUGUGAAGGUCGCAGAAGACGGUCAUAAUCAUCCUUCUGUGAAAGUCGCAGAAGACGGUCAUAAUCAUCCUUCUGUAAAUGUUGCAGAAGACGGUCAUAACCAACCUUCUGUGAAAGUCAAAGAAGACGGUCAUAAUCAUCCUUCUGUGAAAGUCAGAGAAGAUGAUCAUAAUCAACCUUCUGUAAAUAUUACAGAAGAUGGUUAUAAUCAUUCUUCUGUGAAAGUCACAAAAGAUGGUCAUAUAUCCCCAACUGAAGAUAAUAUAAAAAAGCUGGUUAUUGGACCUAGUUUUAAUGCUAAUGAAAAUAAAAUCAAAAUGCAAAUGGGUUCAAGUGGUUGUAUACAAAUGAAUUUCGCUACCAAUAAUUCUCACGGAGGAAACGAAGAAAAUGGAGAUGACAUCGAGACUUCAGAAGACGAUGAAAUGAAAGAAGGAAAAUCUUUCCAACGAACGAUGUUAAAAGAUACUAAAGAAAAAAGUAAGAGUCUAACUCGGCGUACUCGUGGGGGUACUGGUGAAGGAUCGCCGCAGGCGCAAAAGAAGAAUUACCGACGGUUAUAUGUGUCAAAAACUCGAACUUUGAGAGUUGUGGAACCUUCAAAUUGCGUAAAUAAUGAUGCUGCUAAAAUUAUGCAAAGAGUUGACAACGAUGUACUUAAAAUAGAGUUUCACCUAAAGUCGACGGACCUCAAGCUUCUUCCUUGAAUAUUAUGUUACUUUGCAGCAUUCUAAGAGAAGUGCAAGUGGCAUGAAAAAUUAUUUUGAAUGGGAGAAGAUCAAUAUGUACCUAUUGUAGAGUGACACCCAUCGAAAUAUAAUUUCACCAAUAUAUUGUGUAAUCCAAGAUCUUAUGGAUGCACUUAUAUAUCUGUUGCUAUAGUUGUUAAAUCACUUUAAUGAAAUGCGAACUGCAAACCUCGGAUCAGUAUUUUCGCAUAACUUUUCUAUGUUGUUACGUUAUUUUUGUAUAAUAUACCUUACCGUUUAAUGCGGUUAAAUAUAUAAACGCUGUGAAGUGAAAACAAAUACUAAAAAAGUAA